AUGGCGGAAAAGCUUUUCCAGAAGCCAAAGGUCUACGACCCGACAAUGGCCGACAGAUCGAUGUUGCCGACGAAUUCGAGAAUGCAGCAGAUGAUGGACUUGGGCUUCGAUGAUGCCCAGAUGCAUCCGGAGAUGGAGGAAAAGUACAGCCACCUCACGGAGCAGCUGGAAGCCGCCCAGGCACAACUGCAGGAGGCGCAGGCCGAGAUGAAUCGAGCCAGAGGAGACGAGGCGAAGAUGGCGCUGAAGCUGCAAAGCUUUCAGCAGGUCAACCGAUCCCAGAACGCCCUCGUGCGAGGCGAGCUUCAGAAGACGCGGAGGAAGCUGGCUCACAUGCAGUCUGUGGCGCAGCGGCUGAAAGACCAAGCAGCCUGGUUCCAGGCAAAGUCUCCGAAUCUUUCGCUUCCGGGGGAGCUCCAAGGCAUGCCCACCGAAGAGGAGGCAGCUGAGGAGCAUGCGGAGCUAGCUCAGCUCCAUGAGCGCUGGGAGAAGGACGUCGCCCAGCUGGCUUUAGACCUCGAAGGGAGGCCGAGACCCACUGGAAGUUCUGCGGAGGGCUCGCAAGAGGCGCAGACACGCAUCGAGCAGCUGGAGCAGUUGGCAAAGAAGCAGGCGAAACAGCUCGAUCAGCAGGGGAAAGAGCUGGAGUACUUCAAGGGAGGUGCUCAGGCUUCUCCAUCCUCGUCGGAGACGUUGAGCACGAGCGGAAGCUUUGAGGAGGUUGCAUCGCUCCGGAAGGAUCUUGAGGCAGCCGAGGAAAAGACGAAGGAGCAGGUGAAGAAGCUCAAGCAGCUAGCAACUGCUCACAACUCAACAGACAAGUCCGCCGCGUGCAAGAGACUCCAAGCUAGAUCGGUCCUUGUCAGCAUACGCAGGCCAUACCCACAGGCCGGACAGCUUCAAGGUGGUUUCAACAAGAAGCAUCCCAGACCCGCCGUGCUCAUGGAGCUACGUUUGAAUGGGCUGUCUGGCUUCAUCUGUGCCCUGCACUGCGAUGUGGAAAGCACCAUUCUGGAUGUCAAGAAUUGCAUCUGCUCGCUGACGGAGAUACCGUGCAUCGAGCAGCAACUGAUCUACGGCGCACGCGAGCUGAGGGAUGAAGAGGUUGUUGGCAAGCUGGGCAAUGAUACUGCACCAGGAUUGUCACUGGAGCUGGUGCUGCUGCGAGAAGACCCGGCGCGUGCCAAGGCAUUGCAGUCGGUACGCAGCAACGGCCUGAGCCUGGAGACCCUUCCGGAACCGCUCUGCCAAGAUCGGGAUAUCGUUCUGGCCGCCGUGAAAAAUACGGGAUUUGCGAUCCUCCAUGCGGCGCCGGAGCUGCGUGCAGACCGGGAGAUUGCCUUGACUUCGGUCAGGGACCGUGGCUUCGUGCUUCGAUAUCUAGACGACUCCCUCAAGGCUGACAGAGAAAUCGUGAUGGCAGCAGUCGCAAAUGAUGGCUUUGCUGUACGCCAUGCCGCGGAGCCAUUGAAAGCAGACCGAGAGGUGGCUCUGAGCGCCGUGACAACCGACGGAUCAGCGGUGCAGUAUGUCAGUGCGGCAUUAGCAGAGGACCGAGAAAUAGCCUUGGCUGCGGUCAAGAGCAGUGGUGCAGCUCUAAGAUACGUGGCCCCGCUUUUUCGCAAAGACCGGGAAGUGGUGCUCGCUGCCGUUUGCAGUUAUGGCCAGGCGUUGAAGUUUGUCCUUGAUGAAGACCUGAAGCGUGACCCGGAGAUUGCACUGACAGCAGUGAAAUCGGAUUUCGUGGCGUUUCAGCACGUGGCACCGGAGCUCGCUCAGAGCAAUCCCCUCAUUGCGCUUGCGGCGGUCAAGCAGAGUGCAAAAAUCUUCAAGAGCCUGCCGGAUUCGGUGAAAUCAGAUCGAGAGGUGGCGCUCGCAGCUGUGAGCAACGAUGGCUUCCUGCUGAACCGAAUCAACGAGCACCUGCAGAUUGAUCGUGACAUCGUGCUGGCUGCGGUGAGCAACAGUGCUGUGCUGGGCUAUGCAUGCCCAGAGAUGAGGGACGAUCGCGAAGUGGUAAUGGCUGCUGUGCGUCAGGAGGGGACCAUGCUGCAGUAUGCUUCAGGCAGCCUGAAGUCUGACGCAGAAGUUGUCCUUGCGGCAGUGAAGCAGAAUGGUUUCGCCGUCGUCUACGCAGAUAGACAGCUUCGCAGCCGGCGCGAUGUCUUCCUUGAAGCCGUCCGCAGCAGCGGAUCUGUGCUGCAGUGGGCAGCGCCCGAAUUCCGGGAGGAUUUGCAGAUUGCUUGUGCUGCUGUAGCCAGCAACCCUUCUGCCGUAAUGUUUGUUGCAGAGGACUUGAAGCAAAAGCGUAGGUUCUGGCUGGCCGCCUUACGUCGCAAUGCGGCCGUGGUGGAGUUCCUUCCCAAACGAUUUCGUCGUGACCAAGGCCUCCGCUUGCUGCUCAGAUCAAAACGCUCUGCGCAGCUGAGAUGUAGCCGAAGGAGGGUCCACGCGAAGCGGACGCGCAAAAUGGAGAUUACUGCCAGAGUGCAUGUAGACUUGUCGUCAGUGGCGAGUUGCGUGCUGAGCUGA